AUCACGAAUUCAAACAUCCAAUCAAAACCAACUGGAUUUUAACGAAUCUGAUCGCAAUACAAAUGAUAUACAACCAAUCAACUAGCUUACAUAGUCGACCAAAUUCGUACAGUUUGAUUCAUUGAAAAUUUAUUUUGACACGAUUCAAAUCAUUCACUAGUUUUCAGUUAAUUAUGGUUAUUCUCUCGAAAUUAAUUGGUUGGGAGCAAAUAAAUUGAACCACAACUGGUUUGUUGUUAGCUCACUAGAUAAUAUCUUCUCGACAUGAUAAAUAAACCAAUUAAUAAAGUCUCACAAAACGUUGUUGCAUGUUUUCACUAGCAUGUCACUCAUACAAUUUAAACCAAUCUAAUUCUAGAAUGACAAUGGAUUAAUCCUAUGACUUUGAAAUAACAUGUUUGACAAAUCAAUGUGGACUAGUUGUGAUCUCAGAUAUAAAGUCUGGUUAACCAUUCGCUUACUCUGUGCACUAUGUUUAUGUUUACUUGGCUAGCGUUCCUUAGCCUGUUGAUUAAUGCCAACAUAACACUGUCAUAUUCCUCAUCAGUCAAAGAGACAUCUCCACAACAGGUCGGGUUGAUAUAUGAUGAAGAGACUCGGCGCACACGGGAACGAUAUUAUCUGAAACACAUUGGAGGAAAUCAAAACUCUUCAAUGUACAGUUAUGAUUAUCAUGAUGUGACAAACGCUGUUCAUGUAGUCAUCAGUAUUUCAAAGCGCGAUUUGAUAUUUUUCGAUAAUUAUAAGAUCAAACCUGUUAUUUGUUUCAUCAACUACAGCAGUCAAUUACCUUUAGUUUUAUCCUAUGAUCUAGAUUCGAGUUAUUCUGCAGAGUUAGUUAAUAAAUCGAGGUAUUGGUUACCACCUAAAUCAGGAGCCAGUACAAAGAUAUCAUUGUACAUAUUGCCGAAACUGGUGGGGUUAGACUAUUUGGUGUUUUUGAUUGGCGUGGAUAAGCCGAAAUCUGGAUAUAACACUUCUACGUCAUGGCUUACUAAUAAAUCCGAAUCUCGCAGAAAAUUAUAUUAUGAUGAUUUAGCAACUCAGCAUCAGUUGAAUCUCUCCUUACUCAAUACACAGGAAGUUGAUGGCGUCAACGAGAACAACACAUUAGGUUUCCCUGUCAUUGUAGGAGUAGAUAGAGGGAUCGGACAUCGAGUUUACCGAAUUUUCAUCACGGUCAUGCUAACUGCGUUCACAUUUGCAAUGGGGUGUAAUUUGGAACCCUCUCUGAUUUUGCAUCAUUUCAAAAGACCCUUUUCUAUAUCAAUUGGAUUCUUUUGUCAAUUCUUUUUCAUGCCACUGAUUGCACUUGGCAUUGCAAAAAUUAUCCCGAUUAGAUCGGAGUUUGGUUUCGGUUUACUCACCGUCGCUUGUUCUCCAGGGGGAGGUUCCAGUAAUGGUUGGUCUUUUCUACUCGGUGGUGACAUCAACUUGAGUAUGUUAAUGACGUUCAUCAGUAAUUUAGCAGCACUUUUUAUGAUGCCAUUUCUUCUAUUCGUCUACGGUCGGUUCUUCAUUGAUGCGAGCAGAAUAGAAAUUCCAUACUUCAAUAUUUUCUUGCAGUUGUUACAGAUAGCAAUACCCGCAUUAUUAGGUUUAGGUCUACGUAUAUGGAAACCGAAUUUUGCUAAGAAAUUCACCAAACUAGCCGGACCAAUUUUUAAAUUUCAAUUAGUAUUCUUUAUAAUUGUCGGUGUGUACGUUAAUUGGUCACUGUUUCGUCUAUUAUUUGCCUUUCCUUUACUUAUUCUUGUAUGUGCUUUGUUACCUUGGCUUGGUUUUGGUAUAAGUUCAUUAUUCGUAUUCAUUUUACGACAACCAUUUCAAUCAAUUAUUACGGUGGCUUUAGAGACUGCUAUACAAAAUAUUGCAAUUGCAAUUCUCGUCCUAUUAUAUAUAAUGCCGAAACCAACUGGAGAAUUGGGCGCAAUUAUGCCAAUUGCUGUAGCUAAAUUAACGUCUAUACCGUUGUAUAUAAUAUACUCAUCCAUGUUAAUUAAGCGUAAAUGUUGUAGUCAGCAGAAAAAAUCUAAUGACAUCGAAACAUCUUUUACUACAGAGAUGAGUAACGAUUGUAUUAAUGACGUAAUGAAGACCGAAAAUGGUACCACCAUGCCACAAAUAAAAGUACCAUUACCAGGAGUAACGACAACUGUCAGUGACAUUGAAACUCAUUAAACAAUAUAAAAUGGUGUCUUAUAAAAUCAUUUCCAUGUUUUUGUUUUGUUCUCUAUCUAUGUAUUGUUGUUUAUAGUGUUCUAGUAUUUGCUAUACCAGACGUGUAGAUCAGUGACGUAGGUGAUCUGUGUUGAUGUGUCAAGAUGGAUUUCUUUUUCGAUCUGACUCUAGUUAUGUCCUGCUCUAGUUAACGAUCUAGCCGUAUGUGAUUUGUCCUUCUCAGAUCCAUCUGGUUUGGUGUGAGAAAUAAUUGUUCCAAUGCCGUAAAUCGAAGCGUCUGAUGCUACUACAAUGGGUAAAGAUGGAUCGUGAUUAUAAUUAUCAAUAUUAUUCACAAAUAUCUUAUAAGCACAUAAGUGUUAUGAAGAAACCAUUUUGGGUUUCUGCAAAAAUGCAAUAAUACACAAGUUUCAAUAAUAUUGGAAUUAUAUUUGAAAAAGAGAAUAAUAAUAGAAUAAUAAUAAUAAUAAGUCAGGUUCUGUGUAAUUGAGAAGAAUAUUGAAUUGACUUUAAAGAAGGAAAGGGAGAAAAUAAGGGAAUAGAAAUAAAGGAGACGUGAAAUACGCUAAUAGUUUAAUAAGCGUGUUUAUGAACACAGAACAAAAAUAAACAACUAUGUAUGUAUCGUCAAAUUAGUAAAGAAAGAUAAAAUAGAAAAUAAUUAAGAUAAAAUAACUUAUUAUCGCAGUAAGAUAUGACUCUAGAAUAAAUGUUUGUGCAGUCAUAGUUUGGAGUGAUGCUAUGAAAGUCUCAAUUAAGUGAAAAGGAUAACCAAAUACCAAUAUAGAUAUUAUUAACCAAGGUUUAAUUUGAUAAUUUCGAAUAAAUUGAACAUUGGGUAGAUUGUUAUACAUAAGUAAUAUAUUUGUAAUAUCCUAAUGAGUAGAAAAAUUCGAUUUUCUGACGUUGCGUGACUCAGUGUAAGCCACUUCUUCAGAGAAUAAAUAACCAAAAUAAAAUUAACCCAAGUUUAAGUGGUACAAUGGAACAAUACGAAUAUUAUAUGGUCAAUCAAAAAACGGGUCUGAAUAAAUCAAUGUCAUGUCAUUUCGGUCAAGGUGCUUCAUUACAUGUAUGUAAAUUUGUGUAUAUGUAUGUGUUUUCUGAUUGAUCACAUAAUAUUCAUGUCAUUUCGUUAUAAUAUUUAAACUUGAAUUAAUUUUAGUUUGGUUUUUUCUUCUC